AUGAGUGCUACCGAGUCGAAGCCGCUGUCCACCGCCGCCGACGACGAAAAGAUCGUCCAACCGCCCACGAGACUCGAGAAAACCGCCGGGUCGGAGGGGAAGGCCGAGCAGAAGGAGGCCGCGCCGCCCACGGCCGCCGACGAGCCCGCCGACGAGCCCGCCCCGACCGCGGGCGAGGAGAAGGCCGACGCGACGAAGGGCGCGUCGCCGGCUUCCGAGGCCGGCGGCAAGGUCGAGGCCGCGGCGGAGCCUGACGCCGGCAAUCCGGCCGCCGAGACGAACAAGACGGCGGCGUCUGCCGCACCAGAGGACGAAGCGUGGAACGCCGAGGGCGAGCUCAACGGCUACGAUGGCUCGCCGCGCAAGGUGGGCGUGCAGUCGGACUUCGACGUCACCUUCGUUGCCCCGGACAGCAAGGAGCUAGUCUUCCGGGUGGACCGGCAGAAUUCUCUGGCCGUUGGACGUGACCCGAGGAUGACCCUGGUGCUUCCACAGCCGGUGAUAUCGGCCUCCCACUGCCGACUCUUCUGCGCAGAAACUGGCGAGCUGUGUAUCGUCGACACGUCGUCCAACGGCACCUUCGUCAACGGGACGCGUCUUUCGAAGGGCGAGGUGCAAGUCCUGCAGUCGGGAGCUUUCAUCUGCCUCGUCCUCGCUACUCUGCGUGGCGCACCCCUCCGUAGCGCACCCCUCCGGUCCGAGGUUGAUUCGAUGAGCACGGGUGAGCGGACGCGGUACGUCGGCUACUUUCGCUGCACGCCGGCAGAGGAGAGCAGCUAG